AUGAAAAAAUUCAAAAAGUUAUUGUUGUUUUUAGUUCUACUUUAUUCGACUUGUUCAAUUUUGAGUUUUAUUUCAUUAAUGAAGGUGAGAAUUAUUAUUUCAAAAGAAAAACAUUACAAUUUUUUAUAUCAGAAAAAUUAUGAUCUUGGUUGGCCGAUGGAUUUGUCCGAAUUGAUAAUUGAGAAAAAUGCUGGGAAAGUAUUAGAUGAUUGGAUUGUUUAUCGAAUGGAAUUCAAAGAUUUCGAUUAUUCGGAAAAUGAACGCAAAAAUAAUGAAAUUGUGAGUCAGGGUUUUGGAAUAGUGAAAUCAGGAAAAUAUCCGGUUUUUUAAUCGAACAUUUUAAAGUGAUUUUUUAGUUCGGAAAUUAAUCCUACUUACAAAGCUGUGGUAGUGACUUAUUUGAAAAAAAACAUAAUAUGUUUAAGUUUCGUUGAGAUUGUUUCCAAAAAACUGGGUUUUUCGAAUGUUGUCUCUGAAAGCCAAAAUCUGGAAAAUCCUACAAAAAAAAAUUCAAGAAACUGAUAUUCCGGUUUUCUGGAAAAAAUAUUCAGUUUAUUUUUUGGCCUGAAACGACAAAUGUCUAUUCUAAGUUAUUAAAAAAGACAAAGUUCAAAAAAAUUUAUUUUCAGUUAUCAAAAAAGAGAAAAAUAUUCAUGAGGAAUUCAAUUCGAAAUUAUAAUCAUCAGUAUUAUCACAGUAAAUUGGGAAUUAAAAAAAGAAUCCGUCGCUAA